GACGUGUCAGUAGUUAUGUGUAGCGCAACAAGCAGGUUCAACAGAUCUCUCACUCUUCACAGCGAUUCGGCAGAGGCAAAAGGGGAACGUUUGUGGACACUUGACAGCUUUCAGAGACUGCUAUGACAUCUCGCAGGUGGUUCCACCCCAACAUCACAGGCAUCGAGGCAGAACGGCUUCUGUUGACCCGGGGUGUCCACGGCAGUUUCCUGGCCCGGCCGAGCAAGAGCAAUCCGGGGGAUUUUACCCUCUCUGUCAGGCGCAACGAUGAGGUGACCCACAUUAAGAUCCAGAACUCAGGUGACUACUACGACCUGUACGGAGGCGAGAAGUUUGCCACACUGGCCGAGCUGGUGCAGUAUUACACCGAACAACAGGAUCUUCUGCGUGAGAGGAACGGCCAUGUCAUCGAGCUCAAGUACCCACUCAACUGCAAGGACCCGACCUCUGAGAGGUGGUACCAUGGGCACCUCUCUGGGCGAGAUGCAGAGAAACUGCUGACAGACAAAGGCAAAGCUGGUAGCUUCCUGGUACGGGAGAGCCAGAGUAAACCGGGGGACUUCGUCCUCUCAGUUCUCACCAAUGAGGAGAAACACGAGAAUGUGGACCGCAAGACCAAGGUCACCCACGUUAUGAUACGCUACCAGCAGGACGGUAAAUACGACGUGGGUGGCGGUGAGAGGUUCGACACUCUGGCUGACCUGGUGGAUCACUACAAGAAGAACCCCAUGGUGGAGAAAAGUGGCAUCGUAGUGCACCUCAAACAGCCCUUUAACGCCACGAGAAUAAAUGCAGCCAACAUCGAGAAUCGGGUACGAGAGCUCAACAAAGUAGCAGACAACUCUGAGAAACCCAAACAGGGAUUCUGGGAAGAAUUUGAGGUACUACAGCAGCAGGAGUGCAAACUGCUGUAUCCCCGGAAAGAAGGCCAGAAGCCAGAAAACAAGAGCAAAAACAGAUACAAGAAUAUCCUCCCCUUUGACACAACUCGGGUUGAACUCAGGGAAAUAGAUCCAGAUGUUCCUGGUUCAGACUACAUCAAUGCCAACUACAUCAGAUAUAUAAUUGUCCAGAGUAAGCAUGAAGAGCGGCGCCACGAGGAUGAGGGGAAAGUCUUCAUCGCCACCCAAGGGUGCCUACAGAAUACGGUCGUUGACUUCUGGAAGAUGGUGUAUCAGGAGAAUACACACGUCAUCGUCAUGACCACGAAGGAGAUGGAGCGAGGACGGAACAAAUGUGUCCGUUACUGGCCCGACCUCCACGCCACUAAGGAGUUUGGUAAGGUGCUGGUAAGGAACGUGGAUGAGCGGCCAGCACAAGACUACAUCCUGAGGCAGCUGGAGGUGACCCGUCUAGACAGGAAGGAGCCUCCGAGGUACAUCUGGCACUACCAGUACCUGAGCUGGCCGGACCACGGGGUGCCCAAUGAGCCCGGCGGUGUCCUCUGGUUCCUAGAGGAGGUCAACCGCACCCAGAGUACCAUUCCAGACACCGGACCUAUUGUCGUCCACUGCAGUGCAGGCAUCGGCAGGACAGGCACCAUAAUCGUCGUUGACAUCCUUAUUGACAUUAUUAACCGCCAAGGUCUAGAUUGUGACAUCGACGUCCCAAAGACCAUCCAGAGGGUACGGCAGCAGAGAUCAGGCAUGGUACAGACAGAGGCCCAGUAUAAGUUCAUCUACAUGGCUGUGCAGCAGUACAUAGACACGGCUCAGAAGAGACUGGAGGAGGAGCAGAGGAAUAAGUUGAAGGAGAGGGAAUAUUCCAAUAUCAAAUAUCCCCAGAUGACCAACUCAAGGUCCAAACCCAGCAUGACAUCCUCGCGCUCUUCUUCUGUGAUGACAAAUGAUGAUUCGUCUAGUGUGUACGAGAACAUAAACUUUAAAAGCCCUCAGACGUCAUUUAGCAGUAACACCAGGAGGUAAAACCAUCGCUGUUGACCUGAACAUCUCUCUGUCUGCCUCCCUUUUCAGCGGAGGUGUCGCUUCAUCAGCUCCUAAAAAUCCCUUGGGGGAGGAGGGAGUGUGUUGCUCUGACUACACCCCACAUCAGUGGACCCUGCCUGGGCUGAAGGUGGCGAGCUGACCCCUCUCUCCCUGCUGCCGUCCUGCUUGACCUCUCUGGAGUCAAACCAUAGAGACAAUGACUCCUCAGCAUAGUGCUCUCGCUCAGGGCCCUUGUUCCCCCCCCCCCCCUUUCCCCUCCCCCACCCACCGCUCCAGCCUCUUCCUCUCUUAACCAGCGCGAGUGCCUUGUCACAGGAUGUGUCCGUAAUCUAGCCUCCCCAAACCUGCUGUUACUUCUUUACUGUUACAAUUUCCAAAUCCUGGAAAUCCAAGUUGACGUGAGAAACAUCCAGUUUUCCCUAGGUGUGACAGAUAAUAAACAUGGAGUCUAUGGAGUCUGCUGCGGCCUGAACUGAACAGAACUGUACGGGACCCAAGAAUAGGUCAAAGCUAAGCCGUUUGUCCGCUCUUUGCCAGAAAUCAGUCUGUUCGCUAUCCCUCUUUCUCUGUCUUUGCUGGCUUCAUUUAAACUCGACCUUAGACUGUUUUUGCGGCAUUGUGUCUCUCCAGCUGUGUUGGUUAUUAAUGUGGGUGCUGAGUGAUAACAAGGACAGUUACGUAACCUGCUACAGGACCCUGAGGUACAGGGAAGGCAAGCAAGCCCUUUAAAAAACAAUUUGACAGAAUAAUUUCAGGUGUGAAAGUGGACUUUUCUUUUCUUUUUUAAGAUGAGACUGAUUUUCAACGUUUUGUUGUUAAAGAGUUGUACAGUAUUUAACUCCUGCAAAUCAGCUGUUCUGUACUUUAACAGGACUGGAGGCCAUUAAUGGUUACUGGGACACAUCAGUCCUGUCUGUCAUCAGAACAUGGCCUCCAGCUGGUUUUUUUGUCUGUCCAUUUAAUCAGCUUGUUUUCAUUAUUUCUUGGUGUUUUUGUUGAUACUGUGUAACAUAUGAGAUGUUGAUUUUUAUAUAUAUAUAUAUAUAUAUAUAUAUAUAUAUAUAUAUAUAUAUAUAUAUAUAUACACCGAUGAAGAAGAUCAUGUUCAAGCACAAAUGUCUAAGCAAUGUCCCCAGCACUAAGCUAAGUUUGAUUUACCGAUAAAUUGUAAUAGUAGUUUCAAGUCCACAUUUGACAGGAAACAGGUGGAGGGGAUUCCUGAAUGGGUGUUUGGAGUUGAGCUCGGCUGACCGCCGUCUCUCGGCGGCGUUUGACUGGCUGUCCUCGUUAAUCGGCAGGUCUGAUGCAGUUCAACAUCUGUCACAGGAGAUCAUCACAAGGAGACAAGAGAAUGGGGGCGAUUACAGUGGGCCAGAUGGCCAUCCUCCUGAGAUUGAAGAAUAGAUUUGUCUCCAAAAAGUAAUUUAGAAGAUGGCCAUAAUCCAGCCUUGAUGAUAGUAGGCUGUGUAAGCCAAUGUCAUUGAUGUGAUAACGAAGACAGUGGUGUCGUGGAGCACUGAACCCUCGGCACGGUCUGGCAGAUUGUUUGCUAUAUUUAGCCUCCUGAAUCAGCACCAAAAUAUCCUACUCGAAUACAAGUGCACAUGCGUUUGUGAAAUCUAAUCUAGCUUGUUUAAAAUGUAAUGACUUAAUGAUCCAGAAAUCCUUAAAAAACUCUCACAGUAGGAAGAUGUCAUGAUGUGUGUUCAGUCUACCUUUUUUAUUUUUAUUUAAAGCAUCAAAUGAAUGAACAGCACCUGCUGGUGGUGUUUGUGCUCAGACCAUUCCUUCUUUCUCCACCAACGGAAAUGUGUGACUAACCAGGUCAAGGACGCUCACAGACUGGACUCGCCUUGUUUUCUUCCUCGUCAUAAAUUGGCCAGUUUCUGAAGCUGCAACUCGUGAUUCUUAAGAAACGUGACUCUAAAAUACAGCUAAGUGUAAUCAAAAUGUACUGGAGUAACAGUACUUCAACAGUACGUCAUUGCACUGCAAUAAACUGUAAUUUGAUACUGUAGUACACAAAUACAGUAAUACAUUAACCUGCAGCAGCCAUAUCAUCCUGUGUGACAACGCAGUUCUUUCAUUUAUUAAGGUCUCAGUUGAAGCUUUGUUUGUCCAGUGAUUUCAGUCACUUGUCUGUCAGCGUUAAGAGUUUUCCCGGUAUAAAUGGUUGCCAAUGUAUUUUUAUGGUUAAUUCCUUUUGUGAAUAAAAGCUAUGUUUUAUGAAAUGUGUGGCAUUGAUGCCCUGUGUCAGUGAAGGCCUGUGUCUGUCUAGAAAUAUGCUGCACCACUUGAUGUACUUCAGUUGAAUUUGGACAUUGAAGAUGUAUGGAUUCUUCUAGUUUUUCCUUUUGUCCUUUUCCCAUCUGAACUGUGAUCGUUGUCCGAUGAAUGACAAAUGACCUUGGUCGUUUUGUUUCUGAACUAUCUCGCGCUGUGGAUAAUUUUAGAUUUUUAUUGUAUUUCACUUUGCCUCUAUGGGUCAAAAUCUUUUUUUUAUGAUAUGGUGAAACAUCAAUACUUGAAAGUGUGAAACUGCUGAAUCUUUGGUUGUGUGUGAAUGUCCAUUGGCUGUGGAAGUAUUUUUGGUAGUGCACUAGACUUGUCAGUGUUGUUUCUUUUUUUCUUGUCGUUUCAUUUCAAAUUGCAUUUCAAAUUGAUUGUUUUGUCCACUCUUGGAUUUUAUAUUGUGUCUGAAUUAUUACUAUUAUUAUUAUUAUUAUUAUUAUUAUUAUUAUUGGUGUAAUUUUACCAUUGAUAAGUAAAUUUUGAGUUGAACCAGUAUACAUGGGGGUAUGCAGUAGUAACGCGGUAUUUUCUUUUUGCUUGUCCUCUUACAUUUACUUGAACUUGAUGUUGAUGUCAAUUUUUGGUCGCAGUAUGCCUGCAGUGAGUAGUAAUAUUCUGAGUGCUCCCAUGUUGUUUAGUGGAGGCUCUUCCUCUUUUUCCUCUUCUUGCACUGGCUCUGCCCAGACGCCUUCUUGCUGUAUAGGCUACAACUGCUGAUGCAAUGAACAGCCAGAAAUGGCACAAAAAUGGUUUAUUAUCAUAGAGUUUAAUAAAAAUCUGCGAUGGCACUAUGUUAAGUAA